ACUAGAUGGCGAAAUGUAAUGGCGCUUAGUGAAUGAUGUGGACAGAUGAAGAUAUAAACGAUGUUACGAAUGGCUUGACAGCCGAUACAACUGUAGAUCAAGGACCGCAAAUUAAGAGAACUAGUUUUAACUUUAUUUAUAUACAAUGCUAUUUUGUGACUAUCGCAACGAUAUUAGGAACUGGAAUAUUGGGUCUACCAGUAACUUUAACCCAAUCUGGAAUCUAUCCCUUUCUAAUUCUCUUCAUAUUAGGUUGCGUUGUCCAGGCUAUCCUCAUAGUUAUCUUUACAGAAAUCCUACAAAAAGCGCAAAUUGCCUUAAUAUCCACUCAUAAAUCUAGCCGAGCAGAGUCUGCUCCUCUCUAUACCGUAGACGAGGAUGAAAGUCCUGCAGAGGAUGAAGUUGAUGAUCUCACGCCAAGUCAUGUGCAAGCGCCAAAUCUGCAUGCAUUAGGCAAUCUCUUUUUGCCGUGUGUAGUUCGCCAAUGUUUUGAUGGUGCAGUCUAUAUCCAAUUUAUUGCUUUAUUGACAAGCUAUGCUUUAGCAGGCUCUGAAGCUUUCGCACAAUUGAUUGGCAUUCGCUUCUUCUAUGUCAUUCCUUUAUUUGUCUGGGUUUUGACAUUCGCAAUAAUUUUUGGGCUGAACUUUAUCCAACCAGUUGUUUCGCUUCUAACUUUAGCUAAGGGUAUACUGCUGUUGGCUACUGUUGCUGUUACAUUUUUUGUGGGUACAUCAGUUCCCCAUGACAUUAGAAAUGAUUAUACAGCUGUCGGAGAACCGUUUCUUAUGGGCACUGUUGCUUUAGGAGGAGUUAUCAAUGUAAUGCCGUUUCUUUAUAAUAAAAUUGAAAGAAACAGACGACAAGUGUCUCGUUUUAGAUUUGCAAUUGUUGCUGGUUUAGUUACGUGCACAAUAUUGAAUAUAUUAUGGUGUUGGGCUGUUCUGGAUAUUGUUCCUCAAAAAGAGGCAUGUUAUGCUUAUCAAAUGGUCAAUAAUUCGUUUUGCAGACACAAUAGUAGUCUGGAAGAGUCUGCUAGAAAUGGAGAAAUAUCAACUAUUCCUUUAACUUCUGUGAUUAAACAACUCUAUCCAAGUUAUGGAUGGGUUGCUAUACUAAUCAGAUUAUUUAUUGUUAUCUCAAUAACAGUUUCUUACUUAACUAUGGGAGCUGCGAUGUUUCAUACUAUAAGGGGAUUUGUAGCUACCCUCUCUUUGGAUAGACUAAAAAACAGAUGCAUUUCAGACAGCAAAGUUGAAAUGAUAAUUACAUCAUCUAUUGGAUUUUUUGGAUUUUCAAUUGUUUUUGUGUUUGCAAUGCUCAAUCCCAAAGGAUUUGAAAAUAUCCUAGAAAAACUUGCAUCUCUUUUCAUUAACUUAGAAUCGGGUCUGUUUGUUACAUGGAUAGCCCUUGUUACCAGAACUUCCCGCUUUUCUUCUCAAAAGAUCCCUAAUCCGUUGGGAAGUUGUUCCUUCAAAUUAGUAUAUACAUUACCAGUGUAUUUUGGUUCAGCUAUUUUUUAUGAUAUUUAUAAAAGUGUGGCUGAUAUUUACACUCCAUCGCAUGCAGAGAAACUUGCUAACAUGACUUCAAACUAG